AUGUGGGAUUUCGAGAUAUUUGACAACGCUUCUAGAGGCCCAUGGGGAUCUAUCUUACUGCUGAUCCGAACGAAAGGCCGCGCUUUGGCGGCUCUUGGCGCUGGUAUUACCCUAUUCUCAUUGGUCCUUGAUCCUUUCUUUCAACAGGUUGUGGAUUUCCCAUCUCGAUGGGCGCUACAGGGCACGAGCUCCAUUCCACGCACCAUCUGGUAUGAACCACGCUAUAUCCCCGAGUUUAGAGCGGGCAAAGAAGUGUACCAAUUAGAUAACGACAUUUCCAUGGCCACCAAAAAAUUCUUCUACGACAAUGGCACUCAACCUGUAAAGUUCGGCAAUGGGUAUCUUACAGAAGCUGUUGAUUCCUCUGUCGGUACAGCGUCGAAGAAUGAGGUCCUUCUCACCCGGUUGCUUCCUCUGGUCACCAAUCCCGAAAGAGCCCCGCUCUUCGGUGGUUCCGUGAACUUCAACGAUAUCAGAAAUAGACUUCUCGAUGUGCUGAUCGUGUCAGCCGCAAAUGGAACCGCAGGCGUCCUACGGAACGAAACCCCCGUCGCUCACGAGUGUGCAAUAUCCUGGUGUGUCAAGACCAUCGAAUCAGCAUACUUUAUGGGUACCUACAAAGAGCGUGUGAUUGGCACUAUUGAGAACACCACCUCAGGCGAGUUUCCCUGGCAAACCAAAUUCAUCAUUAGCCCAAGUGGCAAUGGCACGAAGAUUUCGUAUCGAGAAAACAUUACGAUCGGGGUACAGACGGAUGCCAAUGGUAGUGAUGUUGUACGAUAUGGUAUGGAUAAUAACACAUUCGUCAGAGUGACGGCGGUAUUCGAUGACAUCUUCCCUUCUUUCUACACGGCUACGAAUAUGUCUUCGGUGCCGAAACUAAGGUAUAAGACAAACAUCAUUGGCGCACCCUUUCAGCGAGCACUGGAUUUCAACCCCUGGUCAGCGGAGAACAACAUCACUCGCCACUUAGAAAGAAUGACGGAUGCGAUCACGAACGUGGUGAGGUCUUACCCAAACGCAUCGUAUACCGACGGUUCAGCGUUUUCCCAAGAGACCUACGUGGCCGUACGUUGGCAGUGGCUAGCGCUGCCGCUUGCGUUACUAAUUCUCAGCGCUAUCUUCCUUAUUGCAACAAUCAAGAAGACCGCUGAUGAAGGAGUCUGGAAGUCAUCAGCGAUUGCGACACUUCUUUAUGGAUUACCAGACCACGUACAAAAACAAAUCACAACUGCAGUGCAAGGGGACCUACCGCGUGUGAAGGCAAAAAAGCUGAAGGUUCGGUUGCACGCUACGAAGGGAUGGCGAUUAUCUGGGAACUCCUCUCCGCCCGUGGUAUCGAAGCCAAAACAAUAUCAACCACCGCCUGGGUGGAUAUGA